AUGUCCAGAGCCCACAACAACAUCAAACAAGCCAGAGAAAUGGUGUUUAUUGAUGCAACUUCCUCACUAGAUCGCUAUAAUUCAUCUGUAUUCAUUAUGUCAACUAGCACACCUACUUCUGGUAUCCCUCUAGGUGUGAUUGUCACUUCAGAUGAGCAGGCGACAACCAUACAUCGUGGACUGGAGUUGUUAGGAGAAGUUUUGCCUGAGGAGACAUUCAAUGGCAAAGGAGUGAAACAUGGUCCCACUAUUGUUAUGACCGAUGACAGCCAUACAGAGCGAGAAGCUCUUCACAAUUUCUGGCCAACAGCAAAUCUCCUUCUAUGCACAUUUCAUUUUCUUCAACGCAGGUGGACCUGGCUAUAUGAUAGUAAAAACCACAUUUUAAAAAAUGAUCGUACCAUCCUUAUUGAAAAAGCCAAGAAAUUAGUUUAUACUAAUACAGAAACUGAGCUACAGAAACACUACAACAGUUUCCUUCAAAGCCCUGAAGUAAAGAAAUAUCCUAAGUUUUAUAGUCACAUGCAGUCACUGUGGGCUAGACGAAGAGAAUGGGCACACUGCUAUCGUAGAACGAUUCUUAUUAGAGGAAAUCAUACUAACAACUAUGCAGAAGCUGGAAUGAGGAUCCUGAAAGAGCUCAUUUUCAGUCGAGUGAAAGCAUACAACUUGGUACAGAUAUUCUAUUUCAUAACUGAAAUAAUGGAACGGUAUUACCAGAGUAAACUGCUCAGUGUAGCCCACAGUCGAGUUGACCGCUAUAUUUCACUUCGCUAUCAAGGCGUAAAUGCUAAAGCAUAUGCUAAAGUAACCAUAAAGCAGAUCGCAAAAGAAAGUUUUUCGGUGCCAAGCAAGACUGAAAGGGGAGUUGCUUAUUACACUGACAUGAAAAUAGGAGUUUGCACGUGCCCAAGAGGUCAAGAUGGGUCACCGUGUAGUCACCAAGCAGCAGUUGUGUUGCACUUUGGGUGCACAACAGUAAACUGCAUUCCUGCUCUCAACCCUGAAGACAAAUGGAAGUUGGCAUACAUUGCAUAUGGCAAGGAAUGUGUACAAGAUUUGUCCUUCUAUACGCUAAUCAGUAAGCCAGUUGACACAACAAAGAAAUCAUGCGAGCCACAACCAUCACCAACACAGCAGCAGGAGAAGCAGCAGCAGCACGACAUUUCAACUGGCUGGUAUGCGCAAUCAGAAUAUCUACAGCCACAAUGGUGUGCAGAUGAUGACACAAAGCAGUGCAACAAAGAGCAUGAUUCUGAUACCACUGUCUCUCUAAAACAAGAAACACAGCAACAAGACCAACUCUGUCAGGUAGUUGACUUAAUAUCUGAAGAUAUUAAGUUAAUUACAAAAAAUUGCAUAACUAGAUAAAUGGGCAGAUACUUACAUAGCAGUGGAGAAGAAAUAAUUAUACAUGUUU